CAGAGUGUAAGGCAAGCAGAAGGCGCAGGAGGGAGUUUAAAUAAGAAGGGUGGCUGUUAAGGGCAGCUAGCGCAUCAAUCUGUCCUUGAAGAGAGGCAAAAAGCCAGAUUGGCUCAGGACCCUGGUGUCUCAAAAGUGAGUGAUAUUUAUUCGCCUGGGUGCACAUAAGUCAAUAUAGCUACAUUAUAAAUAAGUACUUUUUAAGGUAGAUAAUCGUGGCAGGAGCUUAUCUUCAGAGAUGGAGUGGAAAUUAGAAAGAUCUGCUUCUAGGAAGGUCAAGACAGAUGAAGACAUGUUGUGGGAGAAAGUAAUGAAAACACUUGGGAAAGAUCUUAAGCAGAUGAGAAAACAAAGUUUACAGAAGUUCACUAAGAUGCCUGAUUCAGGAAAGCCCACCUAUUCAAGAUUUAAAAGUUGCAUUGUGAAGAAACUGACAUCCAGUGUCCCUGUUGCUAGUAGCCCUAUCAUCACAAGAUGGCAGCAGACACAUGCAAGAAAUCACCCUGAGCAAACUUUCACAGAGUGUCAGCCUAUUAAUCUCUUUCCAGCUGAUGGAUCUGAGCUAGUAAGGACUCCUGCGAAGAUCUCAACAAUCCCAGUAUCUUUUCAGGUGCCUAUCAAAAAUUCUACCAAUGAACCUUAUGUCAUUACUAAUGCCACAUCUAAGUGUCAUGAGACAACUUACUUACAAGGAAGAAAUAAAAGGAGAACUGAAAUUGCAAAGAAGCAGAAAUGUCUUACUCAGCUGUUAAUGCUCCAAGAUGGUGGAAUUGGCAUCCCAGAAAAUGGCAGUAUAAAGAUCUGUGGAAACACUGAGUGUAUUUGGAAAGGCUGCCAGAAUGGAAUGAAUAAUGAAUUUACUGCUCACAGAGUUUCCACUAAUACUGAAUCUUUCAUACCAUUGGAGCCAGAGAUCAGGCUUCAUAUUACUGGCUUACGCAAUGAUUACUAUCUAAACAUCCUGGACUGGAACCAGGAAAAUCUCAUUGCCUUUGCUCUAGGAUCUGCUGCACACAUUUGGAAUGGGGAAACCCACCGAAGCACUGAAAGAGUUAAUUUAAAUUCCAGUUUAAAAUAUAUUUCUUCUGUAGCCUGGAUAAAAGAGGGAACUUGCCUUGCAGUUGGCACCAGUGAUGGAGAAGUGCAAUUAUGGGACAUUGAAACCAAAAAGAGGUUGAGAAACAUGUUUGGCCACCUGUCUGUGGUGGGAGCCAUGAGCUGGAAUCAUUAUAUACUUAGCAGUGGUUCAAGACUAGGAUUAAUUCAUCAUCAUGAUGUUCGGAUUGCUCAGCACCAUGUAGGGACCCUUUGCCAUAACAAGCAGAGUAUUUGCAGCCUGAAAUGGUCCACAAACAACAAACUGCUGGCAAGUGGGUCCAGUGAUGGUCUAUUGAAUAUCUGGCCUAAUGACCCCGGUGCAACAGUGCAUUGCAAGCCACUGAAAUCCAUACCCCAUGCCUCAGCAGUAAAGGCUAUGAACUGGUGUCCAUGGCAAUCAGAAAUCCUUGCCACAGGAGGUGGAAUGAAGGAUGGAUUUUUACGUGUCUGGGACAUAAGCACUGGGAAAAUCAUUGAAACUACAGACACAAAAUCGCAGAUUUGCUCCCUGUUCUGGUUACCCAAAACCAAUGAAUUAAUGACUGGACAAGGCCUCCCUAAAAAUCAGAUGAAAAUAUGGAAGUAUCCCACACUUACAAAUUCAACUGAUCUCUAUGGUCAUAAAGGAAGAGUCUUGCACGUAGCACUGAGCCCAGAUCAUAGCAGGAUCUUUUCUCUUGCGGCCGAUGGAAUGGCUUGUGUGUGGAAAUACUGCUAAUCUGGUGAAAGCAAGGACUUUCAGGAGGAUUAUUCUAGUUAGUUGUGGCAACUAUUUUCCAUUGACUUUUGAAAGUGAGCAGUUAAAGGUUUUUGGCAAUGACAGUAAUACAACAAAUCUGCAUUCUUUCCCAAUGAAACAUGGAAUAAAGAUAACACCUUUGUUCAAGAGAAAGCACUAUUCUAGUUAGUUCAUUAUCACAUGGAAUGUGCUUGAGCCCAAACUGCCCAUGCUUUAGAUGAAAAACAUUCUAACUCUGAUUAAUAAUAUCACAUUUGUUUUCCUUAAACCCAUAACACAUGGACAGAGAGCCAGCACGAGGACUAUGCACCAAUUAAGUCUCACUUAGUGCCUGUUUUGAGCCAUAGGCCUAAUGAAAAAGGCCUAUUCUCAGGAGUACAGUCCAUUAGGGUAUGUCUACACAACCCACAGAAGCAAGCCUCCCAGCCUGGGUUGACAGACUUGGGUUAGCAGGGUUUGUGCUAGCACAAUAAAAAUAGCUGUGUAAACAGUACUUUGAAGUUGGAGCUCGGAUUCUGAAACCUAGGGGGGCUUUUAUUAAACCCCACCCCUCUAUUUCAAAAAGUUUUUAACAUCUAAAAUAAUAAAUGCAUAAUAAUCAUAAUUAAAUGGUCUUUUUGUAACUUACUGGUCAGUUAGUUGUCUGUGUCCAGGAAACAGAGGCUGUGUGGCUUUUGGCUUAAGCUGUGGUGACUUACGUCUUUUGCUUUAGAGGUCACCAGUUUGAUCCCCGGCAUUAGCAAAGAUUAUAGCUAUCAUAGUUACAUAGUUUCAUACUUGCUGGGGCAAACUCUCUUUGAUAGUAAGACUUUGCCUGAAUAAGGACUGAAUACUGACAUAAGCUAAAUAAGGACUGCAGGAUUUGGCCCAGUGAUCAGCAAGCUCUCAUUCAAAGCAUUUUAAAGCCUUUGCAACUCCACGAAUGUCUCUGACGUUCUCCUUCCACCAUCUGAAAGCAGGAGAAGUAAUGGACUUGGAAUGGGCUAAUGAGAGACAAGAGAGAAGGAAAGACUUG